AUGAGAGGACGAGGUCUAGAGUUGUUGAACGAUGUAAUUGCAAGUGGUGAAGCGCCAUCAGAAGAAGAUGCUCUUCCGUUGGCUAGGAAGUUGGGACGGGUUUUGCUGGGAGAAGAGAAGUGGUCACCUGAAAUUUGUUCUGAGCGCUUAGCGAAGAGUAUCCUUGUGUUCUUGACCGAUGCAGCUCGUGCGAACUGGCCUGUGGAUAUAUUGGAGAUAGAAGUAGACUGUGACCAUUCGCUGUUCAAAGCUGUGUUGAAAGUCUAUGAAGAAAUUGUGGCAGAUUUGCGCACUAUGCUGGAAACCGUUGGAUGGGAUUAUCCAGAAUUGGUUAAUUUCGAGUGGUCCGUUCGAAAUAUAGUACAGACAGAGCUAGUGAAUCGGGUUUCUGAGCCAGUUGUUUCUUUCAAGCUUCAUGUAUUGCCGGUUGAUGAUCCCCAAUGGCAACCUGUAGAGUUUCACUGCGAUAUAAAUCAAUUUCAGGACCUUCACUCAAAAGUCAAAGAAGCGAUGAAUAUUCUGGAGCAACUAAAGGCCUACAAAGGAACAUCGUAUUGA